AUGUACAUCCAACAGGUUAUCAUACAAGGAUUCAAAUCCUACAAGGAUCAAACGGUCAUUGACCCCUUCAGUCCCAAGCACAAUGUCAUUGUUGGUAGAAAUGGUUCUGGUAAAAGUAACUUUUUUGCAGCCAUCCGUUUCGUGCUGGGCGAUGCCUACCAAAGUUUGACCAAGGAAGAACGCCAGGCUUUACUCCACGAAGGUGUUGGAACAGCUACCAUCUCUGCCUAUGUUGAGAUCAUUUUUGACAAUGCCGAUAACCGUUUUCCUACUGGCAAAGAACGAGUCGUCUUACGUAGAAGCAUUGGUUUAACAUUGGAUGAAUACUCGCUUGAUGGAAAAGCUACUAGCAAAUCUGAUGUCAACAGCUUUUUAGAGAGUGCAGGCUUUUCUCGCGCCAAUCCCUACUACAUUGUGCCUCAAGGACGAGUAACAUCUCUAACCACUGCCAAAGACGAAGAUCGUUUGAAGCUAAUCAAGGAAAUUGCUGGUACUCGUGUCUAUGAGCAAAAAAGACAGGAGAGUUUUAAGUUGAUUCAAGAAACCGAAUCCAAGCGUGAAAAGAUUGAUCAAGUGCUGGUAUACAUUGAGGACAGAUUGGCUGAAUUGGAGGCUGAAAAGGAAGAGCUUUCUGAAUUCCAAGAACUUGACAAGGAUCGUCGUGCUAUUGAAUACAAGAUUUUGACCCGUGAAAGUGCUAGUGCUGGUCGUAAGUUGGAUGAUUUGGAGGAAGAGAGACGAAGACAUAUUUCCACCAGUGAUGGUCUUCGCGAAAGUCAUGCCAAGAACGAGAGCACAGUUCAACAACACACUGCCAAAUUGCGUGAGAUCCAACAAAAUGUCCAGUUGUACGAGGCUGAAAAGAAGGAUUUGCAAGAUGAACGUGAAUAUUUGAUGAAGGAGAGAGCUCAACUCGAACUUGCUGUCAAGGAUCUGGAGGAUUCUCAAAUGUCAGAAGAGCAAUACAAGGCUGUGAUGGAGACUCAAUUGAAGCAACUCGAGGACGAAAUCAGCGCUAAGCAAACUCAAGUGGACGAAAUCAAGCCUCGGUACACGGAGCUCACUGAGAAAGCACAGCAGUUGCGCGUGCAAAUGAGAACACUGCAAGCUGAACAACAGCACAUUUACGCCAAGCAAGCCCGUGCCUCCAAGUUUGCCAACAAGAACGAACGCGACGUUUGGUUGGUCUCUCAAAUUCAAGACAUUACAAAUAAUUUGACCACGCGCCAACAGCAAUUAGCCAACUUGGAAGCUGAAAAAACCUCUGCUGAACAAGAUUUAUUGUUGAAAGCUCGCUCUAUUCAAGAGAUCAGAGCCAAGAAUCGCAGUCGCUAUGAACAAAGAGAGAAGCUGGCCAACGAGGAGAUUCAGCUCAAGUUGGAACGUGAUGAAGCAACAGAAGCAAGAAAGGCGCUUUGGCGUGAGGAAGCUAGAAUGGAUUCACUCCUUCGCAACUGCAAAGAUGAAAUUCACAAAGCUGAGAGAACAUUGGCUCAUUCAAUGGACAAGAACACCAGCAUGGGUUUAGCUGCUGUGCACCGCAUUGCUAGAGAAUAUGGUAUCAGUGAUCGUGUCUAUGGCCCCGUAUUUGAGUUAUUUGAAGUCAUUCCUGCAUUAGAAACAGCUGUUGAAGUUGCAGUAGGCGCAGCUCUGUUCCAAGUGAUCGUCGAUACUGAUGAUACCGCAUCUACUCUCUUGGAAGCCAUGGGAAAUCAAAAGUCUGGCCGCAUCACAUUUAUCCCUUUGAACCGUGUCAAGCCUAGACAAGUGGAAUACCCUCAAACGGAUGAAGCUACGCCUCUCAUCGGCCAACUGCAAUAUAACGCCAAGUAUCAAAAGGCGUUUGAGCAAGUCUUUGGCGGCAUCAUUUUGAGUCGCACAUUGGAAGUGGCUACUAGUCUUGCAAAGGCCCAUCAACUCACUGUAGUUACUGCUGAGGGUGAUCGUGUCGAUGGCCGCGGUGCCAUUACUGGUGGUUAUAUUGAUACCAAGCGCUCUCGUUUGAAUGCUGCCAAAAAGUUCAGAACCUGGCAAACAAAGUUGGAACAAGAGCAGCAACGUGGUCAAGAAAUCAAGCAACAGAUUGUCGACAUGGAUCAAAAGGUCACUCGCAUCAUCAGUCAUUUGCAAGUGUUGGAAGCUAAGAAGAAGAAGUUGCAGUUUGUUGACGAAGCACAGAACAUGGAGGCUAAAUUGAGAAAGGAGGAGGAUCUGCUCCGAAGUGUGGUGACUCAAAAGAGCAGAGCCCUGGAGAAUAUUCGUGUCCAUGGUCAGUUGCUGGAGAAGCAAUUGGCAAGCUAUCAGAAUGAGCUCGCCUCUGAACCUUCACAAUUGCUGCUGGCCGAGGAACAGGAAAUCCUGACCAGAAACACUGCUACUAUUGAACAAGUUGGCCGAGAAUUGACGGAAACCAGAAACAUGAGACUCCAGCUCGAGGAACGUAUCCAAGCAUUGACAGACAGCUUGAACAAUGAUCUCUUGCGCAAAAAAGAAGAAUUAACCAGCAAAAAGAAUCGUGUGUUGACACAUGGCAGUUUGGAUGAUCUAAAGCGAUCUAAAUACGAACUCAAGUCAGUGACAAAGAAACUGGUCGAACUAUCAAAGCGUAUUGGUGAACUAGACAACCAGAUCGAUCAGCUGCAUGAAGAUGAUGUCAAGAUCCACACUGUGUUGGAUCAAUCAGUUGAAAUUCAACGACGCAUCAGCCAGGCCAUGAGCAACGAGGAAAAGAGACUAGAAGAAAAUCUGCUAAAGAGAUCAUUACUACAACAAAAGAAGGAAGAAUGUAAUGCCAUCAUUCGUGAUCUUGGAUUCUUGCCUGACGAAGCAUUUGAGAAAUACAACAACUAUAAGCUCGAAAAACUGUUGAGACGUCUGCAUCGUGCUAACGAGAAACUCAAGAAAUUCAGUCAUGUCAACAAAAAAGCAUCUGAACAAUACGGUAGAUUUACCAAACAACGUGAGCAACUCAAGGCUCGUAAAGCAGAGCUCGAUCAAACACAUGAAUCUAUUGGCACAUUGAUUGACUCCUUGGAUCGUCGUAAGAAUGAAGCCAUUGAGCGUACUUUCCACAAUGUUGCUGGCAAUUUUGCAAAAAUCUUCGAGCUGCUUGUACCUGCUGGUAAAGGUGAACUUGUCAUGCGAUCCGAUACGCAAGGUAUGGAUGUAGAUGGUGCCAACAGUUCAUCAUCAGUGGAUCGCUAUAUCGGUGUUUCAAUCAAGGUGUCAUUCAACAGCAAAUCGGAUGAGGGCAUGAUCAUGCAACAGUUAUCUGGUGGUCAAAAGUCGCUUGUUGCUUUGGCAUUAAUUUUCUCAAUUCAAAGAUGUGACCCUGCACCGUUCUAUUUGUUUGAUGAAAUCGAUGCAAAUCUGGAUGCACAAUACAGAACUGCCGUCGCAGAUAUUAUUCACAAAAUGUCAGAAAAGGCACAAUUCAUUACAACUACCUUUAGACCUGAAUUAUUAGCGAAUGCAGAUAAAUUUUAUGGCGUUACUUUCUACGGCAAGGUAUCUCGUAUUCAUGCUAUUCUCAAGGAGAAUGCUCUUGGAUUUGUUGAGCAAGAAUCAGCCAGAUGA